AUGGAAGAAAACAGGCUUUUCUGUAGAGAGAGAAAACAAAAAGAAUUCUUGUGUUUUCUUCGGAACGAUUACUUUGUGGGUUUACGAAUGAAUGCCAGUUGCGAGCGUCUUGUGCUCUGGUUUAAAACCAAAUGUUCCUUAACGCAACAUUGUAAAGCUACUUCACUGCCUUUCAACCAUCAAAGAUUUUAUUCAAUGGUGGAUGAUUUUAGAAAAGUGAAAAAUGAAACAAACAACCAAGAAAUGAAAGAAAAAAGAGAGAAAAACUUUUACAAAAGUUAG